UGCCGGUCCCGCCGGGCCGGUCUGUGCGGCGGCUGCCGGCGCUGCUGGGCGAGGUCAGGGAAAGUCCAUGUGAGGAGCGGCUGGAAUCACUUCCUGCCGCCGCCCGGCCCCGCCGCGUCAGGCCCAGGGCAGCGUCGGGGGCCGGCGCCCCGCAGCCUUGGCAUCUCCCCCGUGUUUCUCCAAGCACGUUCCUGGAGGUAAUCCUGGCCCAGCUGAAGCCAUUGAGGAUUUUGCCACUGACUUCAUCCCUGCUAUGUGCCCUACUUUGGAUAUUCCUGCAUUGAAUGUCUGAGGAGCUCCGGCCGACCCUGAGCCAUGUCGCAGAUGUUGCACAUAGAGAUUCCCAACUUCGGGAACACCGUUCUGGGCUGCCUGAACGAGCAGCGCCUGCUGGGGCUCUACUGCGAUGUCUCCAUCGUGGUGAAGGGCCAAGCCUUCAAGGCUCACCGGGCGGUGCUGGCCGCCAGCAGCCUCUACUUCCGAGACUUGUUCAGUGGGAACAGCAAAAACGCCUUCGAGCUGCCGGGCACCGUCCCCCCGGCCUGCUUCCAGCAGAUCCUCUCCUUCUGCUACACCGGCAAGCUGACCAUGGCGGCGAGCGAGCAGCUGGUGGUGAUGUACACGGCGGGCUUCCUGCAGAUCCAGCACAUCGUGGAGAAAGGCACGGACUUGAUGUUCAAGGUCAGCUCCCCGCACUGUGACUCUCAGACCACCAUGAUCGAAGACCCCAGCUCGGAGCCGCAGAGCCCCUGCAACCAGCUGCAGUCGGCCUCGGCGCCCUACGUCAUGUCCCCCUCCAUGCCCAUCCCGCUCCUCACGCGCGUCAAACACGAGAACCUGGAGCUGCAGGCCCUGCCCGGCCUGCCCGGCAAGCGGCCCCUGGAGCCCGGUGCCCGGGACGGGCCUGGCGGCGCCGGUGCCACCGCGGGGCCCCUGAAGCUGUCCCGAGUCUCCUACUACGGGGUGCCCAACCUGGCCACGCUGCUGCCCAACGUGCAGCAGGUGCAGUACUCGCAGGGGGAACGCACCAGCCCCGGCGCCAGCAGCAUCCCCACCACCGACAGCCCCACCUCCUACCACAACGAGGAGGACGAGGAGGACGACGAGGCCUACGACACCAUGGUGGAGGAGCAGUACGGGCAGAUGUACAUCAAGUCCUCGGGAGGUUACUCUGUGGCCCAGGAGAAGACAGAGCAGAUCCCCCUGGAGAACCGCUCGUGUGUGCUGAUCCGGCGGGACCUGGUGGCGCUCCCUGCCAGCCUCAUCAGCCAGAUCGGCUACCGCUGCCACCCCAAGCUCUACUCCGAGGGAGACCCUGGAGAGAAACUCGAGCUUGUAGCAGGCUCAGGUGUUUACAUCACCCGGGGGCAGCUGAUGAAUUGCCAUUUAUGUGCUGGUGUCAAACACAAGGUCCUGCUCAGACGUCUCCUGGCCACCUUCUUCGAUCGGAACACUCUUGCCAACAGCUGUGGAACUGGAAUCAGGUCCUCCACGAGCGAUCCCAGCAGGAAGCCCUUGGACAGCAGGGUCCUCAAUGCAGUCAAAUUGUACUGUCAGAACUUUGCCCCGAGCUUUAAGGAGAGCGAGAUGAACGUGAUCGCGGCCGACAUGUGCACCAACGCGCGGCGCGUGCGCAAGCGCUGGCUGCCCAAGAUCAAGUCCAUGCUGCCCGAGGGGAUGGAGAUGUACCGCAGCGUCAUGGGCUCCUCCACAAACACUGUCCCCCUGGAGCCCGACUUCCAGCCCGGCGCGGCGCAGCCCUUCGAGCAGCGCAUCUAUGCAGAGAGGAGGAGCGAGGCGGGGACUAUCGUAGCCCUGAGAACUAGCACGGUGAACGUGGAGCUCAGCAACGGGUCCAGCCAGUCCUUCGAGCAGGGCGAGGACGCCGAGGGCGGCGGCUCCGUCAUCCAGGAGGCGGCUGCCACCGAGGCCGUGGCAUCAGAAACCCAAAGCACCCCCCAACCCUUCGAGCAGGGCUCGGGCUCCUCCAGCCGGCCCGAGACCCCCGUGAGGAGACAGGAUGGUACUUAUGGAGGGACUUUAUAGAGAGAGCAAACAUUUCAUCACCUAUAAGGGAUCUGUAAUACUAAAGCUGCUUGCAUGCAUUACUAAUACGAAACAAACAAAAAAAAAAUGUGAUCAAGCCACUUACCUACUGAACUGCUACUGUUGCCUGAAAAAAAUGUGAUUUUUAUUCUGCUUGUAUUUAAAAUUUAUGAAGGAAAUAAUCGCAUUCGUUAUACUGUAAAUGACUAGGUCUGUGGCGACCUACUUAAAAAAAUAUUGGGCUCCUUUUUUGAUAUUCCUGAGGUUAGUCUAUAAGAUUGUAGCUUUUUCUUUUUUUUUUUCCUUUCCUUUCCUUUUUUUUUUGGUUUUUUUUUUUUCUUUUUUUGUUUGUUUGUUUUAAGAAGGGGAGGAGAAAAGCUAGCCACCCCCCACCCACCACCACCCCGUCAUCACCCCAUCCAUCACUCAGCUCAGAAGUAAAGCCAUCGUUAACCUUGUCCUCGAAGGAGAGUUUUGUCACUGACCAGGAAAGCAAGGCGUGUUCGGGUGCAGGUGCUGUGACUGGCCGCGUUUGUCUUGGGAAGGGCUCGAGCCAAGUGGGACGGGCUGGGGGAAAUCGUGGCAGUGAAAUCGUGGCCAGGCCCCUCUGGAGGCAGGCGGGGAGCCCUGGCCGUGGGUGCUGCUGUCCCAGGGAGGCUCCUCAGCCCCCUGGAGCAGGGAUGGCGCUGUGGGAGUUCAGGCUGGCGCGUGUCGGGAGGACUGUGUGGGAUGCAGGUGUAGAGCCUGGCUGCCGUUGUGGUUGUGGUCUGGUUUUUGCCCAACGUGGCUGGGUUUGGGUUUGGGUUUGGGUUUGGUUUCUCUCUCCCUCCUCCCUUCCUCCCUCCCAGCCGCUCCUUUUCCUUUGCUUCUCCGUGUUGGCGCCUUCACGUCCCCACUCCUGGGGGACAGGAUCUGUCACCCCUCUGCACCCCAGGUCCUGGGGCACCCACUGGGAGGGGAGGAGCCCCCCCUGAGCCUGUGAAGGGAUUUAGGGAGGGAUCUGAGCAUGGAGAGCACGUUGUUCUUGCUCCAAAGGGCACGGAGUCUCUUGGUGCUGGCUCCUGGCAGCAUCCGCACCGGAGGCAGAGCUCAGUGCGUGCAGAGCUCGCCCUCUGCCCCUCCCUCCUCCCCUGGCCAACCAUGCUCUCACUUUUUAAUAAUUUGGAGUGGAUUGGAUGCAAAAAUUAAAAGACAAAAUGAUCUUUGAGCCCUUCUGUGAAGAGGUUUUGGGGAGGAGGAAGCGCUUUGCCUCCUGCUCACCCUCCCGUGCCCCUUGUGGGGAAAACCCGAUGUGGAGUUAUUUGUCUUUGUUCUUCUUGUUGCAGGCUGAUGUCCCCAGGCUGUGGUGGCUUUGGUGGCCUCGGGAUGGGACUUGGGGGUGUCCCUGGAGCCCGAUGGCAGCAGGUACCUGCUCUGUC